CGAUCAGUAAGAAUAGUGGUACGGAGUAGUUCGUAGUUCGGACCGGGUCUCAAACGGUUAUACUUAGCAACCGUGCCGGUAGACAUCCGAGUUUUCGCCUCCAACCAUCGUGCUGGGCAGUUGGUUGGUCUGGUAUAGAGCGUGCUUACUUUCUGAGACAUAAGAGGCCCUCAUCCCACUAUUUAACCCUGCCUCUGCCUGAUCUGUCGACUUUUCUCACUCCCAUCCCUCCCCCCACCACCACCACCACCACUCGUUACCAACUUUUUAACCUCCCACCUUUCGUUUAUCGAUUGAUUCUUAGCCACCAUGCGUUUGUCUCACGCCGUGUCUCUCCUGCCUCUGGCUGCCUUCGUUGGCGCUCUCAAUGUCACUUCUCCCACCAAGGGCGAGGAUGUUGACCUGUCCAAGUCCUUCACCGUGACGUGGACUUCCGUCGACACCGACCCCACCUCGUUCAACAUCUACCUCGUCAACAACGCCAUCUACCCUAGCGUCGACACCAAGCUCGCCUCCGACGUCGAAACCUCCAAGGGAUCCUACACGAUCUCCAGCGUGUCCGGCGUUACCGAUGGCGACGGUUACCAGAUCAACCUGAUGUCCGACUCCACCCAGAACACCGGAAUUCUCGCGCAAUCCAACCAGUUCACCGUCGACGGCUCUGCCAGCUCCAGCUCCAGCUCCACCCUCUCCACCAGCGCCUCGUCCACUGGCACUUCUUCUUCUACUUCUUCUUCCACUGGCACUUCCACUGCCAGCACUACCUCCACCGGUACUGCCUCCUCCUCUUCAUCCUCCUCAUCCCAGGGCAGCACCACCACUAGCUCGAACACCACCACCUCCUCCGGGUCUUCGACUUCCGGCUGUCUUCCCACGCUUCUUCCACUGCUGGCACCUCCGCCAACGGCACCUCCACCACCGCCCCCACGUCCACCGGCGCCGCCGUCGCCCUGACUGCCCCCGUCUCCGCCGCUGCCGGUCUGAUGAUGAUGCUG